CCGCGGCCGCAGCUGGAGAUAUGACGAUUUUUGGUGGGUAUGAGACUGCUGUUGGAGGUCUUGCGCCAGGCGCAACAGUCGUGGAAGAAAGUUACGACGCAAAUUGCACUCCGGCAGGUCUAGAAGCUGGACAAGAGCAACAUCCCGGAGCAGGUAACCUCUCGGCUGUAGUACCAGAUUACUAUGAUCAUAGUAAUAUUACACCAGGAGGAGCUUUUGAAAAUAUUAAUUGGUGCCCAGAUGAAGAUGAGCAAGGCGUUGAGUAUGGAGGGCAUCAGACACCAGCUGCAUUUUGCAACGUGGGACGCGGUAAUGUGACACCGGGAGGAGCAGGUGAAGAAGAUCUACUCCUCCUCGCAGAAGGACGAGGUAUAAGUGUAACACUUGAGAAGAGGAGGAAACAAGUAGAGAAAGCACCAGAGGAACAGCAUCAUGUUCAUCCUCAGACUCAGCUGCACAAGAAGCAACUACAAACAACUUCGACGUCAAAGCAACUACAACCAACUUCGACGUCCACUGCCUUCACCUCCUCAAGUAGUAGCUCUUCCUCUUCGUCUUCUUCGUGGAAGAACAAGAAGCCUGCUCCUGCGUUUGGAUCCAGCAUCUAUCGUGCCGCGAAUGAGAGCUAUGCCACUUUUGUCGUCCAGCAGAAGAAACCUCGCGCAAAACUGAAGAUGCCUCAGGAUUGGCAUGCUUUGGAACAACAUUGCGACCGAUGUAGACGCUUUCCAGGCUGGCUCAAAACCAGGUGUUGUUCUCUAGUGCAGGAGUACAUUGAGAGGACGCAAUGUGCGGUUCCGCGACGCCGAUUUGCGGAAUAUGUUGCGGCUACGAUUUAUCUUUUGA